CGGUGUCGGCGCCACGACGGCGACGAUAACCGUCCAUUCGCUCGUCCGCCGGCACACAUGCCUGGCGUCCGCACUACGCCGCGCUCACUAUUUACAUAUCAAUGGUGUUUGUGCAUCUUCACAGGAACACACUUUAAGACAGCCGGGGACAUCGAAUAAUUACACCAUGGACAAGGAACACGCUUUAGAAGAAAUGAUGGGGAAACUGGGAGAUUUCGGUCGAUAUCAAGGCUUUCAAUUCUUUCUGCAUAUCCUGGCAGCGAUGACAGCUGGGUUACACAUGCUCUCUUUGGUAACAGUUGCCGCAGUACCAGAACAUAGGUGUGCCAUAAUGGGAGUAGAUAGCACAAAUUUUACGGAAUCUUGGAAUUCUUCAUUAGUACUUAAUGCAAUACCUUUAAACGAUCAUGGAAAAUUGGAUUCUUGUAAGAUGUACGGCCCAAAUAAAUCAUUAGAACACUGUGAGUCUUGGGUUUACGAUACUCAAUAUUAUAAAUCGUCACGUGGUAUUGAAUGGGAUUUCGUUUGCAGUCGACGGUGGAUGGGAGCCGCAGCCCAAACUGCCUACAUGUUUGGUGUUGUUUUAGGCUCAAUAGUUCUCGGAAAGCUUUGCGAUGCAUUUGGAAGGAAGACUGUUUUUGUUUGGGCUGGCAUCCUUCAAUUACUUUUUGGAACGGCAGUUGCGUUUGUAAAUGAUUACUAUACAUUUAUUUCGAUAAGAUUCUUAUACGGAAUCUUUGGAUCUGGAUCAUAUAUAGCAGGAUUUGUUUUGACAAUGGAACUAGUGGGACCGAGUCGGCGUACAUUAUGCGGUGUAACUUUUCAAAUAAUGUUUGCCGUCGGAAUUAUGCUUCUAGCUGGGUGGGGAUACCUUAUUGAUAAUAGGUUUUAUUUACAAAUUUUAUACGCAUUACAUGCUGUUGUAUUACUACCUCAUUGGUUUUUAAUGGACGAAUCUCCGAGAUGGCUUUGGGCGCAAGGUCGGGCUCGUGAAUCUGUGGCGAUAAUAGAAAAAGCAUUAAAAAUGAAUGGAUCUACUGAAGAAAUUGAUACGCCUGCAUUGGUAUCACAAUGUAAAGCAACCUGCACAAAAUAUUCUGAAGACAGUCCGUCUGGAGCAUUUAAUCUUUUUAAGACUCCAAAUAUGUUAAAAAAAACUCUCAUUAUAUGUGGAUGCUGGUUCGCUAAUUCUGUUGUAUAUUAUGGCCUUUCAUUGAAUACGGGCAAACUAAAUGGCAAUCCUUAUUUUAUAACAUUUCUCUUGGGUAUAGUAGAGAUGCCUAGCUAUAUUAUAAUUAUGUAUUAUUUAGACCGCAUAGGCCAUAGAGCUCUUAUUAGCACAAUGAUGUUGUUGGGUGGCAUAUCUUGUCUAAUUGUAGCUGCACUUCCUCACGGGUCUACUUCAGCUACAGGCAUUGUGAUGGUUGGGAAACUAUUCAUAUCUGGAUCAUAUUCUAUCAUUUAUAAAUAUUCAGCAGAGUUGUUCCCUACUGUGGUUCGCAGCUCUGGCGUCGGUCUAGGUAGUAUGUGCGCUAGUGUUUCUGGUGCUUUAACGCCAUUGAUCAGCUUGCUCGAUACUCUCAAUCCAAAAAUACCUACCAUUAUCUUUGGAUUUUUGGCUUUGUUGUCUGGAUUCUCUACAUUUUUCCUACCAGAAACAAUAGGCCGUACGCUACCUCAAUCGAUUGAGGAUGGUGAGAAAUUUGGAUUAGGUGAUACAUGCUUUACAAACUGUAGUGGAAGGCGGAUGAGUAAUGCUUCUGAAGAUAUCCCCGAAACUAUGAUCCCAUUAGAUGUAACAGAGAAAAAAUCAUGAUAUGUUAAAUAUAGUAGCAACAUCAAUCUUUUGACAGAUAUAUACAGAUAUAUAUGUAAAAUCAGAAUCAAGAUAUGCCUAGUGCAAUUAGAUUUUUAUUAAUGCUUUUAAAUUGUUAUUUUACUAGUUCAUUAAAAGUCAAGUGUACUCCAGUGAAAGUAGAAUUACCAAGGAAUUCAACGAAUCAGUAAUUACUCUUUUCCAUUUAUUAAACUAGAUUACACAAAAUACAAUUUAUAUUAUAUAGUCGUAUAUUAAAAGAACAACUGAGUAGUCUCAUAAGAUUUUUAUCUAGAUAUUUGCUUCUAGAAACAAUAAUACGCUCGUAAACAAAUUUUAAGACUUUUCUUGCCUUAUUUCAUGACAGCCUUAAUUGCCAAUUUAUAAAAUUUACUGUGGAGUUAUAGACAUGAUUUUUUUUUGUAUUUAGUAUAAGUUUACCAAGGAGUCUUUUACAUGGUAUGUGUAUCAAUAAAUAAGACAUUAUAAUAUUAACGGUUAAAUAAGAUGGUUAAUUAAUUUCAACAAAGGAAAUAUUAUCUCGUUGUGUUUGAAAUUAUCUAGUCAUUUGGUUUCAGACUGGAGGAUACGUUUAAUUUAGCAAUGUAAGAAUGCAAAGAUUUUAAUUGUGUAUUAGGUUGUGUAUUUUUAAUGUGAUUUACGCUGUUUGUUCUAAGAACAUGUUCUAAUCUAGGUGUCAAUUGUUUUAUUCGCUUGCUUAAUUUCUAAAAUAAAUAAACGUGCGUUAUUUUGCUCGGGAGCACAUGACUCGCGUGUCGCUAACGGCUUGUAAUCUAAGAGAACAAAUAUAUUAGUAACUUAUUGUAAACCCUAUUUGGGAUUAAUGCAAUGUUGUUAAUUUCAUUCGUCAAAAGACUUUCUUAUGUAAAAUGUCGCAGAAAGGAAUAAAACAGAAGAACUUUAUUAUUUUUGGAGAUUCAAUAAUUCACUGCUAAUUUUCUAGGAGUGUAAGAUAUAAAAAAAAACAAAGCUAAUUGCUUAACUUUGUAUAUUUGUAUAGUCAAGUAAAUACAAACAAUUUUAUUUAAAUAAUAAUUACCUACAGUGUCCGUUCUGAAAUACAUUUGCGGAGAGCAAAGGAAGCGCGUUUAUCUUGACCAUUCACCUUAUUAAUAACAUGAGAAAAAACAGCGUAGAAUACCACUUGUAAUUGUUAAAUGUAGUAUUAUAAUUUAUAUAUUUUAAUUUCUAUCGAAUAUCAAGUUAAUCGUCUGUAAGUACAUCACGUUAAAUUUAUCAAUGAUCUUAUUAUUUUAUUAUUUGAUCUUAUUAUCAUUUUUAUAUACUUAUUCUCUAAUAUCAUAUUUGUUGUGUAACAAUACCUUAGUCAAAAAUCAUCACAAGUGGAAACGACAUUAAUUUAAAUAUUUGUAAACAAAAUAUUCUUAUUAAUCGUCAUAAUAUAAAAUAUGUCACUAUAUAGUCUAUUUCAAUGGAAGAAGGAGUAGAUCAACAAUCCUUAAAUUUACUAAUUCCAUGGGAUUUGCUAAUUAUACUUAGAUCUGUUAUAUUCUGCUCUACAAACAUUACUUCAUGUCUUUCUAGAUCUUAUUUGAUAAAAUCUCAAUUUACGUAUAUCCAUUUUAAUUUUAAAACGCAAAUAUUCAAAACGCCAUUUUAUUUUUCUAAUCCAUUUAUGACGAAUGUAAUUGAUUAUUAAAUAUCUCGGCCGAUGAUAUCAAGUCGAUUUAAUAUAUAAUAUCACAGUUGCUUAUUAAUUUUAUUUAUCAGUACUUCUCCUACGUUUGGAAUAGACUUUAAUGUAUCAUGGAACGUAUCUCGUGUUGAUAGGUGCUAAUUAUAUAUUAAGGAAAAAUUACUCAUUACAUAUAUAAACCUGAGUUCGGGUAUACAUUAUAUAGUUGACCCUCUAUGAACUCUUGGUAAUUAUAAGGCAGACUUAUCAAUUAAAUUGAAUUUGUAAUAAAUAACUAUUUUUUUUUUUUAUAUUAAUACCUAGUCGCUAGUUUGUGGAUGUUAAACUGAAACAAUAAUAUACUUGCUAACAGCAAUUAUUUUAGUCAACCAACUUUGCUGUAAAAUAAUAUGUAUGUAUACCAAAAUGCUGAUAAACUGCCAUGAUAUUAGUUAUUUUAAAACGUCUGUUAUUUUUCCUAAGAUAUAAAGUUCUCUACGUCGUAGUUACUAGUCUAUAUACAAUAUACAUAUUAAUCUUAUCCGUGUGUACUUUUAUAAACACAUAUUUAAUAAUAUGUUGCCAAUGUUACAACAAAACAGUAUAUUAUAUUUGUUUGUAUUUGUUAAACAUACAUACGUAAUAUAUUGCCAAUGCAAAACUAUAUAAUUAAUUUCACCUUCGUUGCUUCUAUUAAAUACUUGGACAUCCUCGGACAUAUUACCCCAGUUUUUAGUUAA